AUGUCUUCUUCACUGUUGUGCUCUGUCGACCGUUGUGCUGUGUUUUUGUGUUCAAUUAAAAUUUUUCUUUGAGAACUUAGCUUUGCCAUGCUUGAUAAAUUGCGCCAAUUAUGCAUUUCUUGAAAUUGGUAUGCCUCUGUAGAUUCUAAAUAGUGUGUUUCAUGUUUCUGAUUUUGAUAAUUUGAGUAGUUUAUGAAGCAUAGUUCACUGUUAUUGCAAAUGAUUUGGGACUGCUUUUGAGGAGUGUAUGAAGCAGAUUACUUGCUGUGUUUGGAGUUGUGUAUUAAUUAAAUUGGUUAAUUUGUUAUUUGAGCCAUGUUACAGCUUGUUGUUAAAUAAAGUUUAAAGCUUCAAUAUCCAUUUAUUAGUUGGCAAUGUUAAUAUUAUUAAUAAUAUUAAUAAUAAUACUAAUCACAAAGUGGAGAGGGAUUGUAGAAUUUGUCACAUAGGUUUGGAGAGUGAUAGUUCUGAGUCUGGUGUUUCAAUUGAAUUGGGUUGUGCUUGUAAAGAUGAUUUUGUUGCUGCUCACAAAGUAUGUGCUGAGACAUGGUUUAAGAUUAAGGGGAAUUUGAGUAUGAAUCCCAUCUUUACUUUAUUUUGUUUAACUGCAAAAUUUGGUUUUUGAUAUUUUUUAAUGCUGAAUUUGAUUGAUUUUGUGGAUAUUUUAGACACCCUUUUGUUUAUGAUUCAUGGAAUUGAGAAUUGGAUUGUUUGGUAUUGCUCUAUAUGUAUACUUGUUAUAUGUCUUGGUGCUGAGUUUGACAAAUAUUCUCAAUUACUUACAGCUAUGGUUUCCUUCUUGAACGGGAUUUUAUUUUUCCAAAAGAAAUCAUAUUAGGGUUGUGAAUUGUUUAACUGAGUGAUGAGCGUAAAGCUGAAUGUGAAGAUUGAAGUGGACUCAGCGGUGGAUGUCAAGCUAUGCUCACAAGACUCAAUUGAAUUUCAUACCCUUGCGGCAAGUGUAGCUGCUGUGCUCACUCAUCAUUGAUGUUGCGUUCAUCAACAACAGCUUCUCUGCGCUUCUUUCGGCACCAAUCUCAAUUUGUUUGAAUCACACUCCCUUUGCCUUCUCUGUGGUGGGGUGGGGAUGAUGUUCAAAAUCGGUUUGGAGCCCAAUGUGGUCACAUUUACCACCAUUGUUAAUGGUCUUUGUAUUGAAGGCAAUGUGGAUUAUGCUAUUUGGAUUGUUGACCACAUGAAUAACAUGGGAUAUCAACCCGACGCCCACACGAUUGGAACAAUUAUAAAUGGAUUGUGCAAGAUGGGCAACACCCCUGCUGCCAUUGCCAUUCUAAGGAAGACGGAAACAAGAAACUGCAAACCAAGUGUUGAUGUUGCAGGUUAUAACGCAAUUGUGGAUAGUCUUUGCAAGGAUGGGCUGGUAUCUGAGGCUCUGAGUCUAUUCUCCGAAAUGACAACGAAAGGUAUACAACCCAGUACUAUCACUUACAAUUGCUUGAUUCAAGGGCUGUGUACUUUCAGCAGAUGGCAGGAGGCUGCAUCUUUACUGAGCGAGAGAAAGCAAAAGGGAAUUAUGCCGGAUACACAUACUUUUACUAUUUUAAUGGAUGCUCUUUGUAAAGAGGGAAAGAUUUCAAGUGCUAGAGCCUAGAGCCAUACUUGGUCAAAUGGUUCGAAUGGGAGAAGAGCCUAACGUUGUCACCUAUCACUCAAUGAUUGCUGGUUAUUGUUUCCAAAAUCAAAUGGAGGAGGCCAUGAAAGUAUUUGAUUUGAUGGUUCACAAGGGAUGCCUACCAAACGUUAACACUUAUGCCUCAUUAAUCCAUGGGUGGUGCAAGAUCAAAAGGAUUAAUAAGGCUAUUUAUCUCUUGGAUGAAAUGAUCAAUAAAGGUUUAAAGCUGGAUGUUGUGACUUGGAAUACUCUUAUCCAAAGUGGGUAAACCGUUAGCUGCUAAAGAAUUGUUUUUUACAAUGCACAAAUUUGGUCAAUAUCCUAAUCUAUCGAGCUGUGCCACUAUAUUGGAUGGCCUAUUCAAAUGUCACUUGUCUUCGGAUGCAAUAUCAUUAUUUCGAGAAAUUGAGAAGAAUAAUUUGGAUCUUAAUAUUGAAAUUUACAAUGUGGUGCUCGAUGGGAUGUGCCGUGCUGGAAAACUGAAUGAUGCGUGUGAACUCUUCUCUUAUCUUCCAGCAAAAGGCUUGAAACCAAGGUCUAUGUAGGGAAGGACUUCUGAUUGAUGCUGAAGAGUUGCUGAUGAAUAUGGAAGAGCAUGGCUGCUUGCCAGAUAGCUGCACGUAUAAUGUCUUCAUCCAAGGAUUACUACGACGAAAUGCUGCUCUGGCCUCUGAAGUCAAUAAAAUAUUUUCAGAUUAUGAAAGACAAAGGUUUUGCAGCAAAUGCUACAACCAUGGAGUUGCUUGUAGAUUACCUCUCUACGCACAAAGGAGAGAAUGUUUUUCAAGAAUUUAUGCAGAAAAUUGUUUGAAUAUAUCAAUAAAACCUCUUAGUUCUAUAUUUGAAUUGAGGAUUUGAUGAGACUUCCAUGCUGCUUUUUGUUUUCAAAUUGGCCACAGCAAAAUUUUCCUUCUUGAGAAGGUUAUGCAUUACUUUACUCUA